AUGUUCGUGCAUUUUCCACCGCAACAAAGUGUGUUUGUUGUUCCAACUCAGAACGCUUCGAGAAGACAAAGAGGAGGAAAAGGAGGAGGUUUUGUUGUCGCCGCUGCUGCUCCCGACUCGUAUCGAUUCCCCAGAUGUUCUUCUGCUCGUCCUUUUCGCGCGAGGAGGAGGAGUUCUUCUUCUUCUUCUUCUUCUUCUUUGCAAAAUUUCAUCGGGCUGGCGGCGACGGCUUCAAAUGACAUCGUCAGAGCUGAUGAAGAAGAAGAAGACGAUGAAGCGCUGAUCGAUUUACUCCUCUCGAAGAAGAAGAAAAAGGGAACAACAAAAACAACAACAAUUGAGGAAAGAAGAGGAGGAAAUGGAGGAGGAGGAGACACGACGAGUUCGAAUGAAUUUGAAAAGUGCGUGGACGAGAACUUGAUGAAGUUGACGACGCUGUUUUUCGACCGACUGUUGACGAGGAUAGAAGAGAAAAUGGCGAACGGGGAUAAAAAAGAAGCGGAGGAGUUGGACGAGUUAGCGCAGAGUGCUCUGGUGGUGGUCGAGUCGAGAGCGACGUUUGAACGCGCCAGCGAGGUUGGGUUCCCGGAGACUUUGCGGGAUUCGAUAGCAGCGCACGAAGCGACGCUGAAGAAACAGUUGGAGGAUGGAAGCGGCGGCGAGAGUAGCAAAGACGAUAAUACGUUGGAAACGUAUUCGAUUGAAACACAAGUUAAACAACGCUGGGCGGCGUUGACGAAAGCGAUGGAAGAAACUGGAACAGAGAAUGCGCUCUCGCAGAAAAUGAUGAAUCGAGAGCGGGCGAAAUCGAGCGCGACUGAACUCAUCGGACGCGCAAAAUUAAACACCGAAGAAGCUAAAACGCUCUUUACGACCGCGGUGCCUCCGGAAAGGAGAAUUAUAGAGUUUUUGUUGGAGUAUGAACCUGGACCGGAGCGGUCUCAGCUUUUAACCGACGCGUUGACGCCUCCGGACGAGGAGGAUUUGAAGGAAAUGGAAGAGAACGAAGAGGUGGAGGUGGUGAGCACAACCCCGGCGAAACUUUCGUGCGCUUUGGAGGUGUACUUGAAGGAAGUGAUUGAUAAUAGCAGUAAGAGUAGUAGUAGUAAUAAUAGUAGCGGUAGUGACAGCGCGGUUGGUGACGACGAUGACGAAGUGAUGCGCGUGCGUGCGCUCGCGGAGGAAGUAAAAGAAAGAUUGUAG